AUGUCUUUUCCCGGCUUUCGUUUCAAGCAAGUGAGAAUUUGCUCGUCCUCAAACGCGAGCGCGAGCACGCAGCAGGAGCACGAACCCCUAGCGGGACCACGGCGGAACAAAAGCAAAUUGGGCUGUCGAGAAUGCAAGGCAAAGCGCGUCAAAUGUGACGAGGCCUAUCCGAUAUGCAAGCGGUGCCAGCGCCAAGGACUUGUCUGUUCGUCAGCCCCACGAUCAUCACAGUGGCAAGUUGAGACGCCGUGGCUCUCACUGCAACCUAGCACACUUGUUAAUCGAAGACUACUGCAAUAUUGGCUGGAGAAAGUCAGCCAGACAUUGGUCAUAGAUCCUGAAAAUAACCCAUUUCCAUUUCUAACUUUGGAAUACAUCACCCAAUCACCCGCACUCCUCCAUGCUAUCCAAUCGGUCAGUGCCAACCACGAGCAGUAUUACUCGGCCAUCGCCCCCAUCAUCGCCCUUGAGGAACAUGGCAAAGCCAUAGCCUGCCUUCGAAGAGAGAUAAACCGAAGUCAACACGCGCCUACAGCACACUUCUUGACUAUUUUGUUACUGGCUCUGGCGCAAGGUGCUGAUUCUGACAUGACAGAUUAUGGCAAGCAGCAUUUAUUUGGUGCCCGUGCCUUAAUAAAGAGUAUGCUCCAGGACACAUCUAUGUCGACGACUAAUUACCAUGCUUUCAGGCUCUGCUUGGGGAUGUAUCUCUACUGGGACGCAUGCAGUUCGUUCCUGGUAGAUCCGUGUGAGCCAGACGGACUCAAUUUAUUGAAUAUGUCCGAUACAGUGCAUAGGAUAGGAGACUGGCACCAUCCAAUGUAUGGAACAUGUAGCAAACUACUGUUUAUGAUAGGAAAUGUCGGACGGUACUGCCGACAUAUCCUUGACUCGCCACAAAACCGCGAUCUCUUGCAAGAAGCCAUCUUGGAGGGCCAACUGACUACCUGGAAGGCAAGCCCCCCAAAUCCCGGGCUGGGCCACUUAUAUGAAGCAUUCCGCAAGCACGGGCUCAUCUUCCUUUAUCGAGCCCGUGCGCAUGCAAAAAGUAGUUGUCUCGCGGAUCCAGGCCCGUCUGAAACGCAAGAAUAUUUGAUUCAACAAUACGCCGAAGAAACAGUCCGCCAUCUGAUGCAAAUUCCUGCAACCUCAAACUACCUUAAUUUCCAAGCUCUCCCUCUUGUCACAGCUGGCUCCGAAUUGUCGGGAUCAAAUCACUUUCUGCGCGAUCAAGUGCGUCACAGGCUUCGAGCCAUCUAUUCAUUGAAUCGCCUUCCUACAAAUUUACUGGCCCUUCAAGGUCUUGAAGAAAUAUGGGAUGGCCGAGACAGCGGGAACCAAUCGUUCUGGCUACUGCACAUGCUUCAGAACGACCGGCGGUUACUUCUAGGAUGA